UGCAGGCGGCCACCUUGACGACCAGAACCGCCUACAUCCACUCGGAAAUUUGUAACAGAAAUUUAAAUUUAAACUGCAGUAAUACUGUAAUUGAAGUAAUGCCUUGAUUAAAGGCGGCGAUUCGGUUUGGUGCCGUAAUCUUUUAAACCAACAACAACUGUUAUAUUUCCAAAGUUUUCUGAAGUUUAAAGAAAAUAUAACUAUGACUUUGUUUCGAUACAAAGUGCUUCUGCUGGGUCGUACCAUGGCAUCCAUUUCGGCUGUUACCCGCUUUGACUUCCUGGUCAUCGGCGGUGGAUCUGGGGGGCUGGCCGGUGCCAGGAGAGCCGCGGAGCUCGGAGCCAAAACCGCUGUGAUCGAGGGUAAAAAACUCGGGGGUACCUGCGUCAAUGUUGGGUGUGUCCCUAAAAAGGUGAUGUGGAACACAGCGGUGCAUGCAGAGUAUCUUCACGAUCAUGAGGACUACGGCUUCGAGGGAAGUCACACCAAGUUCAAUUGGCAGACCAUCAAGAGUAAAAGGGAUGCCUAUGUAAAGAGACUGAAUAACAUUUACCAGAGUAAUCUUGAUAGGGCUAAGAUAGAGAGCAUCCAUGGCCACGCGGUGUUCACCAAUGACGCCGAGCCCACAGUAAUGGUGAAUGGGAAACGUUACACAGCGCCUCACAUUCUUAUUGCCACUGGGGGGCGCCCUUCAAUCGUCAGUGACAGCGAGGUCCCAGGAGCAAACCUUGGUAUCACCAGCGAUGGCUUUUUCGAACUUGAGUCUCUGCCCAAGUCAUCGCUCCCCAUGCUCAUUUCUGAUGAUGUAUUACCUCCCCACAUUAUAGUAGGCAUGUGUGCUCCUUACACAUCGCUCCCCAUGCUCAUUUCUGAUGAUGUAUUACCUCCCCACAUUAUAGUAGGCAUGUGUGCUCCUUACACAUCGCUCCCCACGCUCAUUUCUGAUGAUGUAUUACCUCCCCACAUUAUAGUAGGCAUGUGUGCUCCUUACACAUCGCUCCCCAUGCUCAUUUCUGAUGAUGUAUUACCUCUCCCACAUUGUUGUUUAUUACUGAUAGAUUCACCCCCGCUCCUCCUACCCCAGGGCGUGAAACAGGACCAGAGGAAGCACAUUGUGGCGGAUGAGUUCCAGAACACCAGCCGACCGGGCAUCUAUGCGCUGGGGGACGUCUGUGGCAAGGCCCUGCUGACUCCUGUUGCCAUUGCUGCAGGUAGGAAAUUGGCUCACCGGCUCUUUGAGGGCAAACAGGAUUCGAAGCUGGAGUACCGUAACAUACCCACGGUUGUGUUUAGUCACCCGCCCAUCGGCACCGUCGGCCUCACCGAAGCGGAGGCCAUUAAGGCUCACGGGAAGGAGAACGUAAAGAUAUACACAACUGCGUUCACUCCCAUGUACUACGCCAUGACAGCACGGAAGUCUCAGUGUGUCAUGAAGCUGGUGUGUGUGGGCAGGGAGGAGAAGGUGGUGGGGCUUCACAUGCAGGGCCCAGGCUGUGACGAGAUGCUGCAGGGUUUCGCGGUGGCGGUGCAGAUGGGUGCCACCAAGGCCGACUUUGACAGGACCGUGGCCAUCCACCCCACCUCUGCGGAGGAGCUGGUCACCAUGCGCUAGCCCUCCACCCACCUCUCACCAUCCCUGGGGAGCCAGUGUACCUUUUGACCAAAGUGGAUGAAUGACUGGCUUUCCCACAUACCAGCUGCAUCAUGUUUUCAUUACUGAUUAAACUUGAAGUUACAGUUUUA